GGUGGAAAUCUGUUGGGUGAAAUCACAUUUCCAAGGAGAGAGAGAGAGAGAGAGAGAAAGAGAGAGAGAGAGAGAGAGAGAGACGAGGAAUUUUCACUUGGUUUGAAUGAAUAAAAGAGGUGGAGAAGAAAAUGAUGAAAGAUAAAGAUGCAGUAGUGAUAUCAACUUUCAUUGAUCUGUUCUAUUUCUCACCAAAAUGAAGAGAUUUGGUGUGCGCAAGAUGGACUCCGGAAAAGAACCAAAAGGCUUUGAGACAGAAAAUCCUUUGCCAGCCGAUACAUCGCCGAAGACUCAUGAAAAUUCGCCAACCGCACCAAAUGCAAAACACCUGCAGUCCCCAAUGGAGCUAGAAACAUAUGAUUAUAUCCCUAGAGCAAGUGAUCUUCUCAUAUCGGUUUCAGUUCGAGCUGAUGUGAAUAAGCACAAGAUCACAAAUCUUGUAAUAUCAGCAAUGGAGGAAAUCAGGCAAUUGGUCAUUGAGCAAGAGGCUUUGUGGGUGUUUGACAUGGAGGCAGGAACUUGUAGCCUCAAUGUGGGUGAAUAUAAGAGGAGAUUUAGUCCUCUUGAUCCCACGUUGGACGAAAUCGUUAGGAUGAUUAAAACACAAGAACCGAUUCUAGGGAUUCCGAAUUUGAAUGCGGAGGUUGAGAUUUUGCCAGAAGUUGGAUCAGCAUGCUUGGAAAGAGAAGCUUCCAGAGAUAUCGCAGUCGUCUGCAUGAAUCCAGUGAAUCUUGUUCAGAUGUUUAUGGACGUGGUUCAGUGGUCAAGGAUGUUUUCUAGUAUUGUAUCAAAGGCAGAAAUACUAGAAGUCAUAUCAGAGGGAAAGGGGAGCAGCCUCGAUGGAGCUCUACAAGUGAUGACAGCAGAAUUCCACAUCUCUUCACCUCUUGUUCAGACUAGGGAGAGUUACUUUGCAAGGUACUGUAAACAGUUAUCCGUUAACGUCUGGGCAGUGGUCGAUGUUUCUCUGGAAAGCAUUUUCCCUAACCCGACGGCAAGGUUCCUGAGAAGGCCAUCAGGUUGUUUCAUCCAACCUAUGGGAAAUGGAUACUCAAAGGUCCUGUGGAUUGAACACUUGGAAGUGGAUAACACACUAGUCCACCGUUUAUUCAAGCCACUGGUUACAUCUGGUUUGGCAUUUGGUGCAAAACGAUGGCUUGGAACCAUGGCUUGCCAGUGUGAUCGGCUGGCAUCGUACAUGGAUGAUCGCGUACCCAUAAUGCAAGAUGGAAGGAAGAGCAUUUUAAAGCUUGCGGACCGAAUGACGAGAAGCUACCAUGCAGGUGUGAGUAGUACUGCAUCUCCAGAAAACACAUGGAAGCCAAUACCAAUUUCGGGCGCCGGAGACGUUUUGGUGACAACCAGUUACAACGAUGACGAUCCAGAGACUCCUCGCGGUGUUUCCAUAACGGUGGCGACCACCAUAUGGCUUCCUAACCAGCCCAAGAAUGUUUUCGAGUUUCUUCGAAACGAGGAUCAUCGUAGCCAGUGGGAUCUUCUCUGUUUAAAACGCUGCAGUCAAGAAGCAACCCGCGUUUGUACUGGCCAUGAUCCAGCAAACUGUGUUUCCAUCAUAAAAAUCGAUACUUUACCACUGAUAUUCUACCUCCAAGAGAGCCAGACAACCUCAACGGGCUCAUACGUGGUUUACGCGCCUGUUGACUUAUUCACAAUGAACUCGGUGUUAAGUGGCGACGAUCCAGACAACGUCCAAAUAUUGGCCUCAGGAUUCGCUGUGCUCCCCGAUCGACCCAGAAUUGGUGGGGAGGAAAACUGUGGUACCCUAUUGACCAUUGCUAUUCGGGUAGUGGAUCAACAUUCAUCGACGCCAGAGUAUCUGCCGCCUAUAUCGGUGUUAACAGUUUACACCAUCAUCACUCAAACUGUUCAAUUGAUUAGGGCUGCAAUAACACAGUGAUGCGCACAUAGCAAUGUGGAGAGAGAGGGAGGGAGAGAGAGAGACUGUUGAAGCCAUGAAUAUGGUCCAGUGAAGAUGGUAUGUCAAAGCCAUAUUUUCCAACAGAACACAAAACAGAACGUCUGCGUUAGUUUGUUCAGAUGAGAUAUCCUAAUUUGUGUUCAUGGGUUUGGAAACUUUUAAUAACCGGGUAUCGAACUAAAUGGCACAAUCCACUAACGGAGAAUACUAUUAAAGUCAUGACAAAGCCCUCGCGUGAGAAAUCCAAACCAAAAGCUUCCAGAAGCCCCUACUUACCAGGUGACUACGACUGCACCAAGCCCUGGAAAUUCAUGUGUGGACCAGGGAAUUCGAGUCUGAAGCAAUUUGGUUGGCAGAUCGUGCAUGUAUGAAGCGUUUUCCUCAAAACUACUGUUAUAGAUCAGCCUAUGGCAUUUUGCUUGCUUUUCUGAUUGGAAAAUUCACGAUGUUCUUUACUAGACGGGCAUCACAACGGCUGUAAAAAACAUGGUGUAAUUGCUGAUAAUAAAAAAAGAGUGUAAUUUCCACAAAAAAUGUGCCUACUUUGUUCACCAUUUUAAAAAACGGGCGAAUGUUGGGUAGCAUUGUGGAUUGAAGCAAGAGCAAUAGCCUCAUACAUGUACAUGGAUAAGCAAUGCGGAUGUGUAUUCUUUUGGCUAACAGCAAAAAACUAGCUACUGUUUAGAAAUAUGUAUACCUACGUAAUUGUAGUAAACCCCCUUCCUAAAGGGCAUACCGUACUACAAUAAACAUGCAAGAAAAGAAUCACAACGCCAAUGUACAAACUAAGAGAUCAGCAGAUUCUUUUACACAAAUUCCCAGCCGAAACAGAUCCUC